CAAGUUUCUUCCACUCCACCAAGCAUAGCUCCUCCCAAUUCAAAAAAGAAAAGGUGUAGUAGAUUCCCUGUCUUCUCCAAAGGCUCGCAUGCUUUCUCCUCCUCUCUCUAAAGGUUGACCUCAGUAGUGAAUCGUGGAGCUUGUUCAGAGAGAGAGAGAGAGAGAGAGAGAGAGAGAGAGAGAGAUUUGGGCCAGUGGGUGCCUGGUGUUGCUUUGUGGGGGAAGAGAGAGCUAGCAUAUCGGAAGAUAUGGAUAGGGGGCUCGUCCAGGGAUCAUCACCACUAGUGGGGGAGAUGGGGGAAGGCCAUGGAUGGCGGAGCAUGAAUAAUUUGAGGCCCCCCUUUGAGCAGAACAAUCCAUCGAUUUCCUUGCCCUCUACCAGCACUUCAACCUUCUCCUCCCCGAUCAAUUCGUUCUCAUCUCUGCUCCUCUCGAAUCAUUAUCCACUGCCUACAACGAGCACUGCGCCUUGGCACGACAGCAGCAACAGCAACCAUGCUCAGCAGCUCCAAGAUCCAUGGAACCAUCUCUUCAUGCCAACCAGUGGUGAAUUAGCUAAUGAAGAGGAGAGGCACAAGACUUUGGAAGGCCAGGCGUUGUUUCCAGCUACAACCACCGGAGAAGGGGAAGAAGGCGAUGGGAGCAGCGCCGCCGGCCACAUCUACAGCAACACCGCUAGGCAUGGGAGCAGCCAAGCUGGUGAUGAGUUCCAAUUGGCAAUGUCCUCUCCAUCUCCAUGGUCCAGGGGUGUUCAGCACUACCACAACACCCUGCAGCAGCAAGCUUCCUCCAUCACCUCCCCCACCUCCCUCGGAAAUAACAUCUUGGACUUCUCAAACAACGGUUCGCCACGUGAGUGCACGAGCACAGCAUCUGGAGCAGCUUUCAAGAAGGCUAGGACCCAAGAACCCUCCCCGGCUCAAUCUACUGUUAAGGUGAGAAAGGAGAAGCUAGGGGAUAGAAUAACUGCCCUUCACCAGCUCGUCUCCCCAUUUGGGAAGACUGACACUGCGUCUGUACUCCUUGAAGCCAUUGGAUACAUCAGAUUCCUACACGGUCAAAUUGAGGGCCUGAGCUCGCCGUACCAGCUGGGCGGCGGCGGCGGCGACGGCGGUGCGGGCUCCGGCAGCUCCAGCUCCAAGCAGCGGCACCAGGCCAGCGUGCAACAAAAAGAAAGGAGCAGCAUAUUUCCAGAAGAGCCUGGCCAGCUGCUACAUGGCGAUGCCACGAGGAAGAGAGGACGUCCCGACCAGGACGAAGACAGCUGCGAGGAAGCAAUGACGAAGGACCUGCGGAGCAGGGGGCUCUGCCUCGUCCCAGUGAGCUGCGCGCCGGACUUCGGCGCCGACGUGGGGCCAGCUGACUACUGGACGGUGGCGCCGCCUUUCGGGAUGGGGUUCGGCCGGUAGAUGCUCGUCGAAGCUGCCGGGAACUGGCCAGGGGGGUCCGUCUGGGAGUACCGGGAUACAUAUAUACGUGUCUUGCAUGCAUGGGCUGCAUCGCGUCGACAGCAGCCAUCCUGCUGAAAAAUUCUUGAUGUACAUUCGUAAUGUUGGAUCCAAGAGAGGAUAGUAUAACUGGUAGUUUGCGACCUGAUCGAAGUAGAGAUUGGUCAAAGUGCAUCGAUCAGGCAGGUGCUAGAGACUACUUAGCGUACGCUGUAUCAUCAAUUCUUCAGAUACCUAGCUAGAACCACCUUCGGAAGUCUUGUAAGUGUUCUCACCUGCUUAUUAGUACAUGUCUGGAAUGGUCUGGUUGGUUGUAUUGUAUCUCUGCUUAACUA